UGGCGGGCCGCCCAGUGCGCCACCCGCAGGCCAAAUAUGGUCACUGUACUUCCGGGUUCGGCCUCAACCAAAAAGAGAGUGUGAAUGAGCCUCAGGACCCCAGAUGAUGCUGUUUCGGAAGAUUUAACAAUGGAACGAGGUGAGAGUCAUCCUGAGUCUGUCAGAGGGGCCAGGGGUCGGCAGCCGAGACAGGCUCCAGAUGUCCGGCUGUCCAAAACCCUGUCCUACAUCCUCCGGCAUGGAGCGGCUAAACUGGGAUUUGUGAUGGGCAAAGAUGGGUUCCUGAAUGUGGAUGAGAUUCUGCGACACCCUCAGUGCAAACGCUAUACAGAGCAGGAUGUUCAGCGAGUGGUGGAGACUAACAGCAAACAGCGUUUCACACUGCGCACACACCCUGAGACUGGGAUCCUGCAGAUUCGAGCAAACCAGGGCCACACUGUGCAGGUCGAGGAUCUGGAGCUGAUUUCAAUCUCUGUGGAUGCUGGCAAUGUUCCAGAAGAGGCUGUUCAUGGCACCUACUUACAGCAUUGGCCCUCAAUUAAGACCCGUGGGCUGAGACGCAUGUCCCGCACGCACAUCCACCUAGCACCAGGGCUGCCUGCGGAGGAAGGAGUUGUGAGUGGUAUGAGGAGUGACUGUGAUCUGGCUGUCUUCAUUGAGAUAAGGAGGGCCCUGAACGAUGGAAUUCCGUUUUAUUUUUCCACCAAUUGGGUGAUCUUAACCCCAGGGAACGAUGAGGGAGUUUUGCCUCCAGAAUACUUCCAGAAAGUUCUGCAGUUAAAACCAACACGACGUUUGCUUCCUCUGGAAUAACUGGGAACCCACGGGUCACGAGCUUCCUAAAAUGGUGUCAGAAAAUGCUCCAAUAACCGAACCAGUGGCUGAAUCCCACACCCAGCUCCCUUGCCCAGCCAGCACUGUUUGGAGAUACAAUCUGUCUCUCAGAAUAAAGCCACUACACCGUCAA